AUGACAUUCCAACAGGAACUAUCCUCCUGGUUCUCGCCUCUGAAAGCAUCCUCAUCUCCACCACCCCCGAUAGGCGCCCCAGCACCCAGCCCGCCCAUCCUGGCGCUCGAGCCCGGCAAACGCACCAUCAUCGCCUUUCUGCGCCACUGCGGAUGUCCCUUCGCGGAGAAGACGUUCCUUCGUAUGCGCGAGGCGGCCAAGACGCAUGGCGAUGUGGAAUUCCUCGCGGUGAGCCAUUCGAGCCGGGAGGCGACGGAGAAGUGGCACAGGUCCUUGCCGCAGUUUGGGGCCGAGCCGGGGAAUUUGCGGAUGGUGGUGGAUGAUGGACGGGAGGCUUAUGGCGCUUAUGGUAAGUGAUGAUCCAGACGGAAAAGACCUUGAAAGCCAGGAUCGGUCGUGGGAUGCUGAUGCUGAUGCUGAUGAUGAUGAUGAUGAUGAUGAUGAUGCUGAUGAUGGUGAUGAUGUCGCUUAGGCUUAGGAGCCAGUAGCUUCCUGCACGUCCUCGAUCCGAGGGCUCUGUCGAACGCGUUUGGACUCGGGAAGGAGGGCAUCAACGUCCGGCCGACGGAGAGCGGAAGUCGCUGGCAGACUUCGGGAACGUACGCGAUUGGUGACGAUGGCAGAGUGAAGUUUGGAGGACCCGCAGCGAGGUCGGACGACAUGCCGGAAUUUGAAGAAUACGUGAAGAAGCUGGAUGCUUAA